UUUAGAUAAAAAGACACUCCCACUACCACAGCCUCUUUCAUCUGUCGCUAUAUACUCUACACGCCAUAGCUACUCUCCUGGCACAGACGGCGAGUGCCUAAGAAAGAGAGAGAGAGAGAGAGAGAGAGAGAGAGAGAGAGUUGAUGAAGAAGAUGGUUCAGAGCUCCAAAGGAAGCAAAUGGGUUUUUCAAUUUUUGCUUCUUUUUUCUCAUUUAGCUGCUGCAAUCCCAGUAGAAGAUGGUCCACUGCCGAACGGUGAUUUUGAAACCACGCCAUCGGGUGGUUUCCCAAACGAGGCAAUAGUAGAUGGGCCCACCACGAUCCCCAGCUGGAGAUCGAACGGCACAGUGGAGCUUGUAGAGUCGGGGCAAAAACAAGGUGGGAUGAUCCUCAUCGUACCGCAAGGUAGACACGCGGUGAGAUUGGGGAACGACGCGGAGAUCAGCCAGGAUCUGAAGGUGGAGAAAGGUUCUUUGUACGCCAUCACGUUCAGUGCGUCUCGCACGUGCGCGCAGUUGGAGUCGUUGAACGUGUCGGUACUGCCCGCAUCGCAGGCGAUAGACCUGCAGACAUUGUACAAUGUGCAAGCGUGGGACCCGUACGCGAUGGCUUUCGAAGCGGAGGAUGAGGAUGUCCAGUUGGUAUUUAAGAAUCCCGGAAUGGAGGAUGACCCCACCUGUGGGCCCAUCAUUGAUGAUGUCUCUAUCAAGAAGCUCUUUACUCCUGACCGCCCUAAAGGCAAUGCAGUGGUUAAUGCUCAGUUUGAAGAAGGUCCUUAUAUGUCCAGAAAUGUUUCACUUGGUGUGCUUCUCCCCACCAACCUUGAUGAAGAAACAUCUGCAUUACCUGGUUGGAUUGUUGAAUCAAAUAGGGCUGUUAGGUACAUUGACUCGUACCAUUUCAGUGUCCCCGAGGGGAAAAGAGCUAUCGAAUUGCUUUCUGGCAAAGAAGGCAUCAUCUCACAAAUGGUUGAAACUGUAACGAACAAAGAAUACAGCUUGACCUUUGCUCUAGGCCAUGCUGGGGAUAAAUGCAAGCAACCUCUUGCAGUCAUGGCCUUUGCGGGUGAUCAAGCGCAAAACAUCCAUUACACGCCCGAUUCUAACUCAACCUUUCAUACAGUUAGUCUGAAUUUCACAUCCAAGGCCGAGAGAACCAGAAUUGCAUUCUAUAGUGUGUAUUAUAACACAAGGACUGAUGACAUGAGCUCGUUAUGUGGACCGGUCGUGGAUGACGUAAGGGUGUGGUUUUCUGGCUCUAUAAGAAAUGGGUUAGGAGGGUUAGGUAUAAGGCUUGUUAUUGCCAUUUGGGUGGUUGUUUUGGUUUUGUUUUAGUGUUGGUUUGGUUAGGAAGCUUUACGUAUAUGGCAUGGUUUGGUAGGUGUGGGAAUGGGAGCAUUAGUAAACCACAUUCCUUUGUCCUAAUGUAGUAUGUGAUAUUUUGCUUUGUAAUUUGGCUAUGAGAAUGAAAAAUGAUGAGCAUGCCUUUCUAUUUCA